AUGGCGGAGUUGGGGCAACAAACGGUGGACUUCUCCACUCUGGUGAGUCGGGCUGCUGAUGACUCCUUCGUUUCGUUCAAAGAAUUGGUGGAGAAGUCCAGGUCGGAUGAGCAGUCUGACUCUGAGAGGAAGAUUGGGCUGCUUAAGUACUUGGUUAAAACCAGGCAGCGUAUGCUCAGGCUUAAUGUCUUGGCCAAGUGGUGCAAACAGGUCCCAUUGAUACAAUACUGUCAGCAACUUCAGUCUACGGUAUCUAGUCAUGAUACAUGCUUUACACAAGCUGCAGAUUCAUUGUUCUUUAUGCAUGAAGGACUGCAGCAAGCUCGUGCUCCUAUUUACGAUGUCCCAUCUGCUGUUGAAAUACUCUUGACAGGAUCUUAUCAGCGCUUGCCAAAGUGCGUGGAAGAUAUUGGUCUCCAGGGCAUGCUAAGUGGGGAUCAACAGAAGCCAGCUCUUAGAAAGUUGGAUAUUCUUGUGCGGACUAAGUUACUUGUAGUUUCUUUUCCCAAGGAAUUCUCUGAGGUAAAAGUUUCUGAUGGUACGGCUCAGCUGUGUGUUGACGGUGAAUUUAAAGUGUUAGUUACUCUUGGUUACCGGGGACACCUGUCCUUAUGGAGAAUAUUGCAUUUAGAGUUGCUAGUUGGUGAGAUAAGUGGACCUGUGAAACUGGAAGAGUCGCGAAGGUAUGCCCUUGGAGAUGAUUUGGAACGCAGAAUGGCAGCAGCAGAGAACCCAUUCAUGAUCAUGUACUCGGUGCUCCAUGAGCUCUGUGUUUCACUUGUCAUGGAUACCGUGAUAAGACAAGUGCAAGUUCUACGUCAAGAACGAUGGAGAGAUGCAAUUCGUUUUGAGGUCAUAUCUGAUUGUGGUACAUCCACACAGCUAAAUCAAGACGGAGAAGCUGAAUUGGUGGGGUUACGCACUCCAGGGUUGAAGCUUAUGUACUGGCUAGAUCUGGAUAAGAACUCUGGUGCAUUGGAUUCGGGAGCAUGCCAUUUUUUAAAAAUUGAGCCAGGAUCGGAUCUUCAAAUCAAAUGUACUCAUAGUUCAUUUGUUAUAGAUCCAUCCACAGGAAGAGAGGCAGAAUUUUCUCUUGACCAAGGCUGCAUUGAUGUUGAAAACUUGUUGAUGAGAGCUAUAUGCUGCAACAGAUAUACCCGGCUUCUUCAAAUUCAGAAAGAGCUGGAGAAAAACAUCCAAAUUAGUCGUGCCACUGAUGAUGUUGUUCUUCGAUCCCACUUGGAGGAAUCGGAUUUCCACCAUAGAAAGAAGGGGGCUAAGUCCGAACGCGGGAAAUAUGAGGCUCAAGAAGUACUAUGUGUUCGUGCAUAUGGUUCAUCAUAUUUCAUGCUUGGGAUAAACAUAAGGACUGGUCGUUUUCUGCUCCGUUUAUCCCAAAAUAUACUCCCAGCAACAGCAUUGUUAGAGUGUGAAGAAGCUUUAAAUCAAGGAAACAUGACUGCAGCUGAAGUUUUUACCAGAUUGCGAAACAAAAGUAUCUUGCACAUGUUUGCAUCCACAGGCAGGUUUUUAGGGCUGGAGGUGUAUGAGGAUGGUUUUGCCACUGUUAAAGUGCCUAAAAUCCUUUUGAGUCGCUCACCUAUGUUGCUAAUGGGGUUUCCUGAUUGUGGGAGCUCAUAUUUCUUGCUAGUGCAGCUUGAUAAAGAUUUCAAAUUGCAGUUUGUAUUAUUAGAAAUACAGCCUGAUCCAUCUGGAAGAGUAUCUUCUGGUGAUUUGAACCAAGUUGUGCGUGUUAAGAAGAUUGAUAUUACCCGGAUGCAGAUACUUGAAGAUGAUUUGAAUUUAAGUCUGCUUAACUUGGAAAAGUUGAAUUCGUUCUUGCCACGUGCUGGGGGUGCUCUUGAAACUUCUGAAUGUGGACUUCUAACUGACGUUUGUGCUGAGACUCCUCUGCAAAUUGCUGGAGGUCCACCAUCUGGUUUUUCAUCUUUUGUUGAUGAAGUAUUUGAGUUGGAGAAAGGAGCAUCUGCAGCAGCAGUUCCCAUCCAGAAAAUCCCAUCUUCAUUUAAUUCAUUGUCCAAUUUUGGUUCUGGUCCAAUCAGUCGCCAAGGUGUUAAAGUAGGAACUCCUACUGUAUGGGAAGGACAGAUGAACAAUGUCACUGUUUCAAAAACUUCUGGUUUAAGUUCGCACUACAAUUAUUCAUUGUACCAAUCAAGCAGUAUAAGGGGUCACUCAAGUUCCUUCAGUUCAUUAUCUCCUGGCAUGGGGAGAAAUUCUUACAUAAAAAGGCAGUCAGGUUCAAAAUCUGAUCAAGAUUUGACCUCACUCAGAUCUCCAAACUCUGUUGAGGUCACUUCAAAUAUCUCAAUGGAUGAGGAUCAUAUGAGAUUGCUGAAUGACACGGUUAUCGAUGGAUUGUCUGGGAGAUCAAUCUCUCAAUUUUGUUCGGCUAGCAUUAAACCUAAUGGACCCAAAAGCUUGGCUCCUCGGUUGUCAGCUGGAACCACCAGAGUAAAUGGAUCAGGCUCCUUUGCGACGACUCCCGUAUCCCAGGAAAGAGGAGACUUGUCUAGUAAUGAGGUGCCAAAACAUGAUAAAAGUACUAGAAAGCGCACGCUUUCAGAGGUGUUGAAUUUGAUUCCUUCUCUGCAAAAUAAAGACACGGGAGGAGGAUUGGUCAAGAAGAGGAGAACCUCCGCAUUGUCCCAAUCUCAGCAGCCUUCAUCAAAUUCACCUGUAUCAAUGGAGAUGGUGAGCAUAAAUGAAGGAUUCAGCUAUGGGAAUCUCUUGGCUGAAGCCGACAAAGGGAACGCUCCUUCUAGCAUUUACAUUUCUUCUCUUCUUCAUGUCAUCAGGCAUUGUUCGCUUUGCAUCAAGUAUGCCAGACUUACUAGCCAGAUGGAGGCACUUGAUAUUCCUUACGUGGAGGAAGUGGGAUUGAGAAGUGGAUCAUCAAAUAUAUGGUUCAGACUUCCUUUUGCAAGAGGUGAUCCAUGGCAACAUAUAUGCUUACGACUUGGAAGACCGGGAAGCAUGUACUGGGAUGUCAAAAUAAAUGAUCAGCACUUCAGGGACCUGUGGGAACUGCAAAAGGGAAACAUUAGCACACCUUGGGGCUCUGGAAUCCGUAUUGCCAAUACGUCGGAUGUUGAUUCACACAUCCGAUAUGACCCUGAAGGUGUGGUCCUCAGCUAUCAGACUGUCAAGAGUGAUAGUAUAAAGCAACUAGUUGCAGACAUUUGUAGGCUUUCUAAUGCUAGGACAUUUGCUCUGGGGAUGCGGAAGCUUCUUGGAGUAAGAGCAGAUGACAAAUGUGAAGAAAGCAGUGCAAAUUCUGACUCUAAAGCUCUGACUGCGGCCAAAGUUGGUUCUGAAGCAGCAGACAAGCUACCAGAACAGAUGCGGAGGGCGUUCAGAAUAGAGGCAGUUGGAUUGAUGAGUCUGUGGUUUAACUUUGGAGCUGGCGUGCUUGCUCGUUUUGUUGUUGAGUGGGAAUCUGGUAAAGAGGGAUGCACGAUCCAUGUUUCUCCUGAUAAUUUGUGGCCACAUACUAAGUUUUUGGAGGGUUUUAUUAAUGCAGCUGAAGUCGGAUCCCUUUUGGAUUGCAUUCGCCUAACUGCUGGACCCUUGCAUGCCCUUGCAGCUGCAACUCGUCCUGCACGGGCUCAAGGCGUGCCAGGGGUCACACCCCCUGCUGCUGCUUUGCCUAAACAGUCAGCAGGGUAUGUGCAACCACAGCCUGUCCUGCCCAGCAGUUCCAGUAACAACACUGUGACACCACCAUCUGGACCCACACCAAACCCUCCCCAGCCUGCUAUCGCUGGCCCUCCCGGAAGUCACAAUCUCCAUAGUGCUGCAAUGUUAGCUGCUGGUCGUGGGGGCCCUGGUAUUGUUCCUAGCUCUCUGUUGCCGAUCGAUGUCUCUGUUGUGCUUCGUGGGCCCUACUGGAUUCGUAUUAUCUACCGCAAGAACUUCUCUGUCGACAUGCGCUGCUUUGCUGGUGAUCAGGUCUGGUUGCAGCCCGCUACCCCACCUAAAGGAGGGCCAUCAUUUGGGGGAUCUUUACCAUGUCCACAGUUCCGUCCUUUCAUAAUGGAGCAUGUUGCGCAGGAGUUGAAUGGCUUGGAUCCAGGAUUUGCCGGAGGCCAACAAACACCUGGAAUGUCGAACUCUAAUACCCAAAGUCCCGUUUCGGGUUCCCAACUUUUGAAUGCUAAUACUGGAAAUAGAGUUAAUCUUCCUGGUCCUGCAGCAGUGUCUAGGGCUGUAAGCCAAGUGGCUGCUUUAAACCGUGUUGCGAAUGGUGUGCUAGGAUCUUCUAAUUUAGCAGUUAUGAGUACCGGGUUGCCCAUACGUAGAUCUCCAGGUGGUGGCGUCCCAGCGCAUCUUAGAGGAGAGCUGAAUACGGCAAUUAUUGGCCUCGGUGAUGAUGGAGGUUAUGGAGGUGGAUGGGUUCCUCUUGUUGCACUUAAGAAGGUCCUGAGGGGUAUUCUUAAAUAUCUUGGCGUGCUAUGGCUAUUUGCCCAGUUACCUGAUCUGUUGAAAGAGAUCCUUGGAUCAAUUUUGAAAGAUAAUGAAGGUGCUCUCCUGAAUUUGGACCAGGAACAGCCUGCUUUGCGCUUCUUUGUUGGGGGCUAUGUAUUUGCCGUCAGUGUGCACAGAGUGCAGCUUCUUCUUCAGGUACUCAGCGUUAAGCGUUUUCAUCACCAACAGCAGCAACCAACCUCUGCUACAUCCCAGGAAGAACUCACUCAACCCGAGAUCAGCGAGAUCUGUGACUAUUUCAGUCGCCGGGUCGCGUCUGAACCCUACGACACUUCCCGUGUUGCAUCAUUCAUCACCCUCCUCACACUCCCUAUAUCAGUCCUGAGAGAAUUCCUGAAGCUAAUCGCGUGGAAGAAAGGGCUUGUACAGGCAGCUCAAGGUGGUGGAGAAAUGGCUCCUGUGCAGAAACCCCGUAUCGAGCUAUGCCUCGAGAAUCACACCGGCGGAGGAAAUCAAGAUGAUAAUAAUUCGUCUGUAGCCAAGAGCAAUAUCCACUACGAUCGGCCGCAUAACUCGGUUAAUUUUGCACUCACUGUGGUCCUCGACCCAGCUCACGUGCCUCACAUCAAUGCAGCGGGUGGUGCGGCUUGGUUGCCCUACUGUGUCUCAGUGAGAUUGCGGUACUCAUUUUUGGAUAAUCCGAAUGUCUCCUUCCUCGGGAUGGAAGGAAGCCAUGGAGGGCGAGCUUGCUGGUUGAGAGGUGAUGAAUGGGAGAAGUGUAAGCAGAGGGUUGCCAGGACGGUGGAAGUGAGCGGUGGUUCUUCAGGUGGGGAACAUGAUCUCAGUCAGGGAAGGUUGAGAAUAGUGGCGGAUAAUGUGCAGAGGACGUUGCAUUUGUGUCUGCAGGGAUUGAAAGACGGCAGCAGCGGUGGAGUUACUUCGAGCGCUGGGCCGACUUGA